AUGUUAGUUCAUCGGUUUUCAUUGGAGAUUCUAGACCAGCAAUCGAUUUCAAGUUGGAAGGUAUGGUCUCGAUUUUGCUUGAAUGUUGCUGUGAAGAUAAAGGUUGAUGAUGGAGGCUAUGUCGAUGGUGGUUUCCUGGUUAUGAAGGGUAAAGGAUUUCGAUUUGGGGUUUUCUAUCAAGAACAUGAAAUGAUGAAGUAUGAAAUUGUUUUAGGAGCGAAGAAGAAAGAAAGAAGAAUAGGGAGCACCUCCACCGAUUUGGUGGUUCAUCGCAGUAGUGGAGUGGUGGGGCUAUUCUCUGGCAACCUCUUCACCACUUCGUUCUUGUUCCAGUUACUGUCAAUGAGAGGGGGAGGAAGGCAUAAAGAAAACGACAACAGGGGGUGUUUGGGUUGCUUGGUGUGUCGUAAAACAGUGGGAGAAAACGGAGGGGGCUGCUACCCUUGGCUCGCAGGAAACGACCAACAAACACCUCUGAAAAAGUACGUAGUUGAUUACUUAAAAUCUCAGAAUCAUCCAAAAACUGAGAUGUUUUCACAUGUGAUGUCAUAUAGACUGGAAAUGCUUUGGAGAACAAUAAACAACCACACUGAUUGUGGUGUGUUUACAAUGCGUCACAUGGAAACGUAUAUGGGUGGAAGUAUGAAUGAGUUAAAGGUGGGUUCAAGAACGAGUCUUCUGCACAAGAUGAUCAACUUGUAA